AUGCUGCUGACGUCAGAUGAUGUGCUGCCCGAAAGGCUCACUUACCCAUCGGUUUUCAAGGCCUACACUCGGCUCGGGCUUGCCGUAUUCGGGACACAGCUUCACGGGAUAAUCAUCAAGCUGGGACUCGAAUCGGACCCGUUUAUUCGGAAUACAAUACUUCACAUCAAAUCCAAGGAACUAUGCAAAUUGGAGAAGUUGAAAACAGUUCACAUUACUACAAACCAGCGAACACUGGGCGAUCGCCUUUCCUCUAUGGUUCAUAAGUUUGGACAAAAUGGUUGGAAGUCAAAACAGUGGGAGAUGAAGAAAAUAAACAGGAGAGGAAUGAAAAUGGUGUUGAAUAGAGUAGCAGAACACAUAGGACAAAAGAUAACUCUGAAAACAAUAAGACGGAGGUUGAGGUAG